AAUCGCAGUAAUUCACCAUAUAUUUUCUGCAUUUUACCGUCAUUUCGAGACUCAUUUAACAAGCGGGCCCUCCCUGGCCCUUCCUCGCAAACGUGGAUCCACUAGGAACGGCCCGUGACCAAUUACAAUUCGCAAAAUCCGCAGAUUCCCCAAUGUACCCCUGAACUCUCAAGGGACAUCCGUCCAUCCUGCCAGUCACACGUAAAUUGAUGGGGACACGCUCAAUCCGGUAAUCUCUCCAAGAAUAAUCUUGAGAGAGAUAGAAUCACCGUCCUCAUCCUCAUCCUCACCAUCAACAAGUCGCCACCAUCGUCAUCUCUCCCCUGAUAUCCUUCAUCUUCGCAUUCGGGCUCUUGCUUUGCACGCCAUCUCCGUGUGCUCUUCUACGACUCGAGCGAAUGUCUACUCCUCCCGUGUCGCGUCCAUCAACAAUGUCAUUUCUUUAGAUCUGUGCUGGCCAACUUUUCCUCACGUCGCGUCAGGAUAUUGCAGAUCAUCGCCUUCCAGACUCCAGCAGUCGACUAGACGUUCGCCAGAGAAGACGAAGCUGCAGACGACUUCGAUAUCGUUUGCGCUCGUCUCACAACCCCAGCAAAUAUUUCGCUCUCGUCUUCACCGUCUUCGUCGCGCGCGGCUCCCGUUGCUUCGAUAGACUUUAUACCCGCGACGCCCGAGUCCGACGACUUCGUGCCUGGUUCACCCGCAUUCUCUUCGAGCUCGACGGCGGAAGGAGGUUCCUCUCCUAUUCUUCCGCCCCUGCCACAGCCGACCAUCAACGGUCGCAGCCUCAACCUCUCCAACACUCCGCCUUCCGAGUCCCGUACGGAAUCUAGCCGCUACUUUACCAGCUGGGGCUCUCCAUACCAGGAACCGGCAGACCCAGUCCCUUCACGCCCGCAUCGUGGGACUUUGAGCAGCGAUACUUCCGAAGACUCGCCUCUUCGGAGAUUAGACUUUCACUCCCUGCACCUUCGACCCCCGCCUAGCUUUCUCCGUUCCGCUACAGAGCCUGUCGCUGCCCCUGUGAGUGCCAGCGUAUUAGUUAAUCGAGCUCGCAGACCGACUCGUGGCUUGACUGAAGAUUGGAUCAGACAGCAUACCGCAACCGAAGAUACAGAGAUUGAACGGUUAGCCUGGCUCAGUGACAGCAAUAAAUCUGACGAGAAAGGGUACUCUUCACUGAGUAGCUCUGAGGCCGAAGAUCAGCUUGAGGAAUACGAAUUUGGACAAAAAACGCCAACACUAAAAAGCUUUCUUGAGCGACGCUAUAGCAAGCACGACAGCCGACGCCAUCUCAGAGGCCCUAGCGCGGAGACUAUCCGACCAAGGGACGUUCCCAGAUACAAGGCGCCUACCAGUAUGACUUCCUCGGCGAGUUAUGAGACGGCCGCGCAGUCUGUGGCUGGCAUUGUCGCACAAGAUGAUGUCUUUGCUGCCUCGCACGACACCCCGCCACCAACUAUAGACAAGCCGCUUCCGACACCUCCGGCGGAUACCGCUUCAAGUUGGCGCGCAGCGGCGCUGCCUAUGGCGAGCGAUGUGGCUCUUGAAGACCUUACACCAAAGCCAAUCCCAUCCCCAAACCCUGAGCCUCCGAGGCUGAAGACCAAAGUUCCUUGGGGAAAGAAGAACAUAUCCAUUCUCCUGCCAUUAGACGAAGAUCGCGGGCAAGAAGGAAAGGGCCCUAAACCAUUGACUGAAAAGGAUGUCAUCUCGAUGCUGCGCGACUGGGAGCAGCUCGGCUACAAUGUCACGGGCUUCAACCUCGACGCCGACGGUGAGCCGCAUGAAGCAGUGUCCCAGGGGCAAAGCCGAGGCAUGUGGCCGGAUGCUACUGAGAUACGUCUUGAACGGGACGCCCGUGAUUACAGGAUCAGCAUUCCUGACAGACGACACUGGGAUGCAUACGUAGAGGAGCUGAAAGAGGCCAAAUUACGAGCUCUCGGAGUAUCACUGGGUGAUGAAGAUCCCAUCCCAGCACCUUCACCCGCUCCAACGCUGAGCCGUCAAGCUUCAGCGCAAUAUGGAUUACCCUUCCAGCCUCCGCUCCCAACAUCGUCUGCUGCUAGCAGCCAUGGUACGCAGCCCUCCAAGCUCUUCUCGCCGCCAUUGCUUCCUGGCGCUGGUCCUGCAACAGGACAGAGCUCGUUUGUGGGAUCCACCGCGUCAACGUCAUCAGGACACGGCCAUAUGCUGGGAAAGUUUCACAACCCACGCCAAUCGAUUUCAUUCUCUGGCGGGGAACACCCAUUCGGGUCGCCCUACGGUGGCUCCCAACAGCAGUCUCCUGUCCCAUGGUCUCCUCAACAGAUGCUAUAUCAGGGUAUGCAUCGUGGUGGUUCUCCAUCUGUGCAUAAUUUCGGUGGAUUUGCUUCUCCGGGCUCGCCUUUGCCACAGGACGGUUAUUUCCCCAACGAGACCACCCCAAUCGCCGUUCAACCCCAGCGACAGUUCUCCAACCAAAUGUCGUUCCAUCAAGUCCAGCAAUCCAUCUCAAGACAGUCCCCACGACUUCAUGAGUUCCAAGCGGAUAGCGAAAAGAGCGCUUCAAAGACGCCCGAGGCCAAUCAGCCCGCUCAUCGCCUCAAUCUAAGUGACAGUCUACAGAAGGAAAUUGAAGAUGCAGAGUAUCAUUUGGAAGAACAAUUUGAACGUCAAUUGGAUCAUGAUGACUACAGCCCUCACUCGGAGCGAGCCCCUGUAUCGCCUCCACAAGCGGAGCAGCAGCAGCAGGAGAAACCCAAGCCAGCCUUUGCAGGCUUGAGUGCUUCCAAAUAUGCUGAUGAAGAAGGGCCUGUUUUAUACCACCCGCAACCCCACAGCCGGGGGCAUUCACUUUCCCAGCGUCCAUACGAUGGAGAAAGUGCCAGCCCCACACUCGCCUCUGAGCCUGCUAAACUGGAGACGUCUGAAAGCUCCGCCAAUCCAAGUGCUCUAGGCACCCCGAAAUUUGUCAACAGCAGCAUUCACCAAAGAUCUCAGUCCAUUGCCACCAACCUAUGGGCAGAUUCUGAGCCAACCUCUGGUGCCGAAAAGGCUAGUCGCGGUCAUGUGUCCAAGGCUUCAACGUCCAAGCUGAACGUGGCGGCACCAGAGUUCAAGUUCAACGCUUCGACCUCCUCCGAGUUCAAGUUCAACCCCGCAUCUGCCUCCGAGUUUAAAUUCAACCCAGCUGCAUCCUCAGAGUUCAAGUUCAAUCCCGCAAGCACGUUCACACCUAGCAAACCCAUCUUUGCCGCCCCGCAGCCGGAAGUGUCAGCUUUCAAUACCACAUUCCAGCCGAUCAGUCCCAGCCCAGUGUCGCCUCCAGUCACAUUUGGUGGCAGCAAGAUCAACGUCAAUGCUGCUCCAUUCACACCAGGCCAGAGCGAGUUCAGCUUCUCCUCGUCGGGGCCAAUGUUUAGACCUGACGCACCCGAGUUCACUCCACUGGCUUCGUACAUGUCUGAUUCUGCUGGCAGCUCUGCCGAAACACCUGCAAACCUGAGAUCGUCCAUCUUUGGUAACAUUAGCAUGAGCCUGUCCGACAUAAUCAAGCAGCCCAAAAAGUCCAAGGCCAUUCCAAUCAUUCGGCCAGACACUUCGUCUGGCAAGAGUGGAGAUGAGGAUGGUGGUGUAGAGGGCGAGGACGGCCGCAUCACGCAGGGAGACGGCCGAUUCAAGAGGUCCAGGGCAGAUGUAGGCGAUGGCGAUUCGGUUCCACUAUUUGCCCAGCCUACCAUGCCACUCCAAGAGACGACCCGAGAACAAUCCCCACCAAAGGAUGCAACUCCAGUUACAGCCAAACCAAUUGACAAGGAGAACGCCUCACCGAUGGACCUCGACCAAGAGCCUCUUCGCAUUGUACCGGUGCCGGAGCGUGCUCUGCAGAAUCAAACCCGGAGUCGAUUCGAGGACUCACCAGACUAUGAAGGCAAGGCCUGGGCUCCAUACGAAUGGCAGCAACAGGAGGAUGCCGUCGACUUCAGCAGGUCCAACCCUCACUCUAUCGGCAGCGCCCCGUUCACGGUCUUGGACCAAAACGUCCCAGCGGAGGAGCCUGCUGCACCCGCGCCACCGGCUGAAAACAAUGACCACAAGAAGCAUAAGAAGAACUCGCUGUCUGCACUUGCAAAACCAUUCCAAUUCGGUUCAAACUGGUUCGGGACUGAACCGACUGAGCCAGAGGCGUCAGCUCCUACCAAUCCAUUCGCAUAUGUUGCCCCCGAGCCCGCAAAAGUCACUCCUGCACCCCGCAAGGGGCUCGCAAGCUCGAGAUAUGCGGACCCAACUCCCUCGCCACCACCACAUCGAAGCGAGGUCGACGCAGAGGUCGAAGCCAGUGAUCCUGAAAUAUCAGCGUUGGAAGAGCCCGCACCACAAAGCCCAGCAGCUUACGACGGAGCUUCUUACAUUGCUACCCCGCCUCGGGAGGCUUCGUUCGAGGAGAUCGACGAUAUCAUGCGCCACAUCAACGAGGCCGACUCGUCCAUGGGUGCUGUCAGACACGUAACGGAGCCCGUCGGCUCGGAGCAGACUCUGCAGAUGCCGCACAGCGAGUCGUCUCCCAUUCGCCUCCAUCCACAAAAUCUGAUGCGCAGCGAUGCUCCGAGCCCUAGCCCGCGACGCUUCCAGGCUCUUCCUGGAGGCCGUGGACAACGAGUCUUCUCCAGGGUUGAAGACGACCCAUUCGUGUCUCACUCGCCAAUUGCCAGGGCAUUCGAGACCUCUCCUAUCCACCAUCUCAAUGGUGAUGAGAGCGUGGAGCCAAGCGACUGGGACAGCGUUUUGGAUCGUGAUGACGAGUCUAAAUUCAACGCUCGAUCUCAAUUCUUUGACAGCCAUGUCAAUGAUAUCGUUGGCGGCAUUCUGGCCGAAAAGCUAGGGCCCAUGGAGCAAGCGUUGCAAGUCAUUCAGCUGUCACUUGCAACCUUACGACCACCUUCGAGCCGCAGAGCCCGCCGCAGUAUGUCUGCCGAGUUCCAAGAAAGCGAUGCCGACGAUGAAGACGACGAUGAGGGUCAUCGCCGAUCACUCAGUCCCAGGAAGGAUCGAAAGCUUGACAAGAUGCGAAGCAUGAUUGCUGAGGCAUUUGCAGAGCAUCACUCAGUGCAGCGUGCUACGAGCCAACCCGAGGACGUCCAGGGACACUCUGAGGUCCUCCAAGCUCUCAAGGAGCUUCAAGGCCAGUUUAGCCAACCCAAGCAUACUGAUGUCGAUUUCCGCAAUAUUGUCGAAAGUGCAAUUGAGAGCCGGAUGCCGGUUGCCCCAGUCGUUGACGAUGCUGCGCAAGCCAAGAUCGCUGAGCUAGAAGCAAAGGUUUCUGAGAUGACGGCAAAGAUUACAUCCGCCGACGAGAAGAUGGAGUUGGAGGUCACGAACCGCCGCACUGCCGAGGAUCGUCUGUCUGAGGUCCAGAGGCUUCUCCGAAUCUCUUCUGAGGAAGAGGUGCGACUCCGAGAGUCGCUCGAGGAGCGCGAUAAGAAGGUCAAGACUUUGGAGGACACGAGAGCCAAGAAUGCAAUGAGGUCAAAUCUGCUCGAGGCCAGCUCGCAAAACUCGCAGAAAAAUCACUCCGACCUCACCAACAGAAUCGCCGUGUUGGAGAAGGACAUCGCAGAUGCUCGCCAGCAAGGCCGUCAAUGGGAAUUUGAGACCCAGAAGGCCACUGAGAUGGCCAACGCAAGCAAGGACGAUGCCGAGAAAGCGACUGCAGAGUCAACUGCCCUCAGACGUGCAGUCGAGAGCCUCAAGCUUCAAAUGCAGGAGAGUCUCCGCGUCCGCGAGAACUUCCGCAACAAGCUGGGCAACCUGCAAGAUGAUAUGGCCAGGGCAGCCCAGGAAGUGUCACAGGAGAACGCCCAACGCGCAAAGAAGGAGCAAGCUCUUAUUGCGCGACAGGAAGUCCUCGACGCGAGGCUGCAAGCUGAGGCGCGCACCAGAGAGCGCCUUGAGAAGGAGAUCGAGAGGCUUGAAGCUGGUGAACGCGAAGGCAUUCGCGCUGUUAACGACUCAAAGAAGCUGGAUAUUCUCGUGGUUAACCUUGAGAACGAACUCAAUGCCGCCGAGAAGAACGUCCUGCGCCACAAACGCGAGUUUGAGGAGGCUCGCGAGUCCGGCUUGAGCGAAGUCCAGCGAACCAGGAACUACAUGCAAGCCGAAAUUGAAGCAGCCAACAACCAAGUCAAUAUCGUCAGACAAGACCUCGAGGAUCAACUUGCGAGGGUUAGAGCAGACUUGGACCACGUCAAGCUUGAUGCGGAUACUGCCCGAGAGAGGCAUGAUAUGCUGCUAGAGGAGGCGACAGAGUCCAAGGCCAAAGAACUGAAUGAACUCAUCCGCCGCCACCAAGACCAGAUCGAGGAUAUGCAAACCCAACAUGAGCGCCAGCUCAGCAAUACCCUCGAAGACGCACAACGAUCUGAGCAGCACCUUCUCGAGAGGCUGAGCCUGUCAUCUGCCAAGACAGAGCACCUUCAAGACCGAGUGGCUCAUGUCGAGGAGAAGCUUGAGGUUGCCAAAUCGGCGGCUCUUGCUGCGGUACAAGCUGCCCGAACUGUCAAGGACGCUGCCCAAACACCUGCUCUGUCAAUGAAGCUUCCCGAGAAGGUCUCGCCGCAAGCUCUCCGCGAGUCCAUCAUGGUCCUCCAAGAGCAGCUCCAGAACCGCGAACAAACAAUCGAGUCGCUUGAGCACCAGCUCGCCGGUGUCGAUCUCGAUGCGCCAACGAAAAUAGCAAAGCGUGAUGACGAGAUCAUGUGGCUCCGUGAGCUUCUUGCCGUGCGUGUUGGUGAUCUUCAGGAUAUCAUCAACACCAUCGGCGAGCCGGGAUUCAACCCGGAAACUGUCAGGGCAGCCGCCAUCCGCCUUCAGGCAAAUCUCCAAAUGGAGGAGCAAGAGCGCGAGCGUGCGAUUAGUGGCGGCUCAGCCAUCAACUUGCCAAACAUAGCUGCCAGCAUCCGCGAGGCAGCAUCGCCUCGCGUUGCACAGGUCGUCGGACCGAUGGCAGCUGCGUGGGGUAGCUGGCGCAAGACUCGCGAAGGUCUCCAGCCAGCAAGAGCGAGCCCAGCAGGAACAGUGGCGUCCGGUGCUCAGAGCUUUCUUUCGGGCUUGAUGACCCCGCCAGCCACAACAGUACGCCAAACUCCACCUCCACCACAGGCCCAGCCGAGUGCGUUCCAGAACACUGGCCGCCGGCUUGCUGCUGCUCAAAUGGCAAGAGAAAGGGCAAGUCCCAGGAAGGAGCUUGCCAAGGGAAAGGCGCGUGCAGGCAGUGCCGAUGAGCCACCAGCGACUCCUCCAAUGAUGCACAGGAGCAACUACGACGCUGAUGCACGGGCAGAGGAUUACAGUGACGCCGGAUUUUAUGAUGAUGAUGAGAGUACCGUCGAUGAAACAAUGUUCGGAGCAAAUCUAGGGAGGUGAUAGCCCCGCCUUAAUAUCUAUCAAAACAUUUUCCUUUGUCAUAGUGUAGAGAACAGAAAGAGAUACCCAGAGCAAGCGCGAGCGAGUGCGAAAUCUUGGGCAGAUUGUUAUAAUUAGGCUUUCUUUGUACCGUAUAUUUUUGCAAAAGGUUGGCAGACGAGUGGGUUAGAUACUCACUGUAAUGAACAUAAUUUUUAUAUC